GGCAGCCAGUUCUUCAUCACGCUGGCGCCGACGCAGUGGCUGGACGGCAAACACACCAUCUUCGGGCGCGUGUGCCAGGGCAUCGGCAUCGUGAACCGCGUGGGGAUGGUGGAGACCAACGCGCAGGACCGGCCCGUGGACGACGUGAAGAUCAUGAAGGCUUUUCCCUCAGGCUAG